AUUGUGGGUAAACGCUGCACGUCACUUAACAAAGUGGGCGUGAUUGUUUUUGGAUUGGUUUCCUCUUCUUGGUUUGGUCGACUACUUCCUCUUGUAUUCACACAUCGAGCAGGUUUCCACGGCUUUCAGAGAACGCCCCGCGUUUCUGUUCAGUAUACAUCGGUGUCGACCAGUGUCGGCCGUAGGUACCCCUGCUCCAAAGGACUUCCUUGCUCAGUGUUCUGGCGUUUGGUCACGACUCGAUGAUGGCGUCCUCAGGCCUGUCUUUUGAGAACCCCGUGUUCGCGGCUUACGCUUCCUACGCCAGCCUCGUGGUGCUCAAGAUGUUUUUCGUGGCGUUGUACACCACACACACACGUUUCCGCGUCGGGGUUUUCGCAAACUCUGAAGACGUCAAGGGCAACAAGGGGGCUGUGGCUCGACUGGACAACCCUGACGUGGAGCGCGUGCGCAGGCUGCACCGUAACGACCUGGAGAACAUCCCUGCCUUCCUGGUCGUGGGCCUGCUGUACGUGCUGACCGGACCGUCCCCCGGCGUGGCCGUGUGGCACUUCCGUGUCUUCGCGGCGAGCAGGUGUCUCCACACCGUGUCGUACCUGGCGUCCAGGCAGCCCCAUCGCGUUCUGUGCUUCUCCGCGGGUCUGCUCACUACCAUCAGUAUGGCUGUACAUGUUCUGAUGGUGGGAACUCUGUAAACAAUAGAACACAUCUCCCAGAUUUGUCUCGUAUAUGGUGGCCUGGCUAUGGUACCUUUUCUGUGUCCUUUGUGAAGUGAAUCUUGGUGAGCGAUUGAAUCAAGACAUGUACAUGUACAAGUAAAUCAUCCUCCUGAGAUAGGUACUUACGGUGGUUUUGUCCUAAUAGACUAGUUUAGGCAGAUACAUCAAAGUUAAUUGCGCCAGGAAACAAUCAUACAUUUAGCUACCUAGUAUUGUUCAGAUCAUACAAUUGGUUCACAAUGUGUAUGAGGCAAGAAAUGCAGUCCUGAUAGAAAAUGAUACACUUCGAAGUUUAAAAUUUUCAUUAGUGCCAUAAAUAGAUACGACAUUUUGAUGUAUUAAAUGUCGAUACAGUUUCGCUGGCUAAUGGCCAAUUCUGUGUGUAAACCAUGCGAGUGAUUUAAAGAGUGUCACUUCAAUCGCUUUGUGAAUGGUGACGUACUGUUGUAUUAGAAGGGUCAUAAGGAAAUACAUUUUAAUCAGUUGCCAUUUU